GGAUGCCAACUGCCAUUAAACCUCAUCAAAGAAGAAAAAAAGGCGACAGACGCUGAUGGUCCUCUGUUUACUUUUUAGUGAACUACACUAAAUUUGAUUUCGAGGUGUCUGCAUCUAGCUGUACUUUUUCAUCUAGCUGUACUUUUCAACAGCCUAUUGCUUCUACACUACACGUCCAUUAACAAUUACUUAUUCGAAGGCCAUUUUCGGUCAAAUAAUGGCAAAUGACGUUGCUUUUCACACUCAGCUAGCCUCCAUCAUGGAGGUUUUGGCUAACACGGCCGUGGCUGAAAUCUGCGAGCUUGUUGACAAUGGCUAUGCGGUCCUGCAUUUGGAGAUAUCUCAAGGACAGAAGGAGAAUGAAGCGUUGAGGAGAAAACUACGGAUGAUGGAGCUGAAAGUGUCUCGUGCGAGUGCUCCGAGAGCGGGAAUGGGAAGCUCAAUUCUCGCGCACAGUCGUUCUCGAACUCACUUUGGCAUGGAAUCGAAAAGGACAUCAAGCGGCGAGGUACAUUGUCGGAGAGCAGUUGAUUCCCAGUUGGUCACCAGCCUUUUUAGGGACGGAAAGUCCUCAGGUGAUACUGGACAGACUACCACACAGAGAAAGCCUGCAGCGUUAGAUGAGAGAAAGCCCAAAUCACCUACCAUCAAAGAGGAGAGGCGGGAAGAAGCCUGGGACAAUCAUGACCAACGAGAGAGACUGAGGACCGGAGCUUUAAAUCCCAGUGUUGGAGGAGAAAGGCCUUCCAACAUCGACACGGAGGAUGCUCAAUCAAUCAGCAAACAGGAGAAUGCCAGCUCUUGUAUAUGGGUGAGUGGCGAAACAGACAACAGCCUCUUGCCAGAAUCAAAUGAAAAUCUGAGUGUGAACAAAAGAUCUCAAACCCCAGCAUUGGAAGAUGGUGAUGGAAUACUUGACCAUGCAGGCUUUGAUUGUAUGAUGUUUGAGCCCCCCAGACAACUUGGGACUCUUAGCACCCAGGGUCCUGGGGCUGAUCUUCCCGAGUGCUCUUACUCUCAUGUGGAUGUUGUACCUCUUAAUUCUGAUUCAGAGAAUAGUUUUCCCUUUUCGAUGAACAAGGUGAGUCACUCCAUAACUGAGCACAAACAACCUGUAGCUUACAGAGAUAAUAGACAGAGGGUGCCGUUGCCCUCAGGUGAGCCUCACAUGACUGUGCGAAAAGGCAUGGAGACUGGAUCCAAUGCCUUGGUAAUGACGGAUGGUUGGGUCUCCCAUGACAGUCAUAAUAACGACGCUGUGAAUUACAACCAAGACGGCACAGCAGGUAACCGGUUCAUUUGUAGUUUCUGUGGUAAGACUUUGGCUUGUCUGAAGAACCUCAAGACACACCUUAGGGUUCACACCGGGGAGAAGCCGUUCAGCUGCAUGCAGUGCGGGAAGCGCUUCUCCGACUCCAGCAACCUCAAGCGACACCAGAGCGUUCACACAGGGGAGAGACGCUACGGCUGCAGCCACUGCGGCAAGCGCUUCGCCCAGUCAGGCUCACUCAAAGUCCACCUUAGCAUACAUAAAGGAUGCAAGCAGUUCMGAUGCCCACAGUGUGAAAAGACUUUCAUAUCGGCCAAUCAUCUCAAGAGACACAUUAGUGUCCACGAUGGAGAAGAAAGUAUUUUACCAACCACUUUUCAGUGAGUGAAAGCAUACCCAAACGUGCUUUAGCCCAGCUUGAACAAAAAAAGGGAUCGGGUGCUCGACUGAAGGAGUUGAUCAUCCAAAAAGUAUUCCAUACACUUUUGAAUGAGUGUUUUUGUGACUCUUAUCAUUGAAGUUGUUUAUCACUCAUCCUCAGCCCACUGUGUGAAAAUCGGUUUGUGGACUCAAGUAAUCUCAUUAGUCACACCGGAUACUACAUACAGUGUGGGGAGAGGUUUGCUGCGAAGCACAUUCUUAGAAUUCACCUAGAGAGAAACUAUUCUGGGUGCUCUAGUGCUGGAGAUUGUACUGUCACUGAGUAUACCACGAACACAGUUAUUCAUGAAUAAUUCUACUUUUUAACAUUUUGACUGAACACAUUUUGUCUGUAUUGGGCUAUUUGUUAUUUACAGUUUAGGAGUAGUCUUAUAACAAAAGGAAUGGAAUUAAAACAAAUGAUUUUGUAUGUGUAUCUAAUAAUGUGUACCAUUAUUAUUUCAAAAGUGCUGCAAGAAAUAUAUGAACAAUACAAACAGUGAUUGUUACUACUAUAUUAUUAGUAGUAGUAAUAUAAAAAAUACUACCUCUCUAGGAAAAACACUCCUCCAAGCCAACCAGUCUAGUAAAAUGAUAUCUCGAUAUAUUUUUGUAAACAUUUCUUCUGAAAAGUGUUUUUGUGAAAUAAACAAUUGUAAGAAAAAGGCCAGUACAUUGCUGACUUUUUUGACUCAUCCAGUAGGAUGCAGAACUAGCCUCUUGUCAGCAACACUAAGUAAGCACUUCCAUGUAAUGAAACUUCUGAAAAUAUCUAAAUAUAAAAUAACCUGUAUUUAGUCAUGGCAUAUGAAAAAUGAUUGCCUAAACAAUAAUGAUUCAUUUUUGUUCAUAUUUAAGUGAGCUUUGCAUUAGUUGGGUUUUAAAACAUGUUCCAAGGUCAAAUAAAUAACACAUUUCUGUAUACAAAUAUUGCACUGUAUAGGAAAAACUAUUGAUUGUGUCUCCAUAAAACCAGGGUCCAGUCUACUCACUAUAGUCCCUAGAAUACAAAGCAGAUGAGUUUGAACAAAAAGCUAGGUCAUAUGAAGUGUUGCUGGCUUUUUACUCUUCCCCCUCCAUAGCCGCCAUUUCAAUUUACUGAAUAUGGAAUACAUAUUAGACUGUAGAAAAUAAACUUUAUUACCUGUCUCAGCUUAAGUGAUGUGGAAAAUAGUCAGUAGGUUCUCUACUAACCAAAUAUGGUAGACUGGACUCUGGUUUUAUGCACACAAUUUGUUUCUGUACAGGGCUGUAUUUGUACUGUUCAGGCACCCCACUUUAGUUUGUUUGACCACAGUAAAAGUCCAGCAACACUUUCAUUGACCUAGCUUUUUGUUCAAACUGUUUUGUAUACUAAGAACUCAAGUGAGUAGACUGGACCAUGGUUUUAUGAACACACCAUCAAUAGUUUUUCCCUGUAUAGUGCAAUUUGUUUGUGCAAUACAACAAAAAUACUGUAAGACUUUGCUUAAACAUUACUUUUCAAAAUGGCAUCCUUGAACAAUAGCACCAGUAAAUUAACAGUAAUUAUACAAUAUAUWUUUUUUUAUUGUUUUAUUUUGUUACCAGUAGACUUAUGUUCCUUACAUGAAUUGACGUAAGCUCCAACCAUUUCUCAAUGUGCUCCAAUUUAUAAUAUUAUUUAGAUUUUUCCAUGAAGUUGGCUAUCAUUUUGUAACAGUUCCAGCAUUAUGCAAAUCUACAAAAAAAAUCUUGAUUUCUUAUAAUACACAUAGCGUUUACAGUGGACUUUUAAUUUUGAAAGCAAAAUCUGAAAACCUUAAAUUUUUUAUUUGGAUAGAUACAGUUGAAGUCAGACGUUUACAUACACUUAGGUUGGCGUCAUUAAAACUUG